AUGGGCGAUGAUUCUUUGAUAUUACGAGAAGAUGGUUAUAUACGUAUGAACUUUCCUGUUACUUCUCUAACUUAUCAUAGUAACUUAAAUAUAAUAUUGGUGAAGACUGACGUAGGUGGUGUACACGUUUUGGAUGUGAACUCGGGUGUGAUACUGCAGUCUUCUUGUCUGUCAGCGGAUGACGGCGGUACGCUUGGAGUGGAGUAUGCGGCAGGCGCGGAUCGGGUUUUUAUAUGGGACAGUAGCGGAGUGGGAGCCCGUACUGAUUACAAUGGAGUGCUGCUCCUGCACACUGCGCUGCAGCGCCCACUGCCCUCCUCACAACCCGACAAAAGCAUAAGAGUCGAACUUGUGUUAUCCGAGGCUGUACUCCUGUUCCAAUGCCUUCAGAGUCUAGACGCACUUUCCAUCGAGGGCCUCUCAGAUUUCAUCAACGCACUGAAGAAUGCUAUCGACGCCGAGCCCGUCAGGAAAGGCGUCAAGGCCCAAAAGUGGAGCACUGUUACCGUCUCCCUACCGCAAUCCACCCUUCGGCUCGUCACCACAGGCGUUGUUCAGGAGCUGAAGGGUCAGAACCGGCGGAUACCAGCGCUUGCCAUCGCUUCGGCGGUUGGACAACGCGCUAAUGAGCUGGUGCCCUGUUCUAGAGAUGAGGAGACCAGGCCCUUGAUGUAUAGCGAGGCAGAGAGGAAAGAAACUUUCAAACGAUGGCCUCAUAUGGACUAUAAAUGGGCGCUUCCAGCUCGCAUGGCGCAAGCUGGCUUUUACCAUCAGCCAUCGCCUAGCGGAGAUGAUCGGGCGAUGUGCUUCACAUGCCUGGUGUGUCUCGUCUGUUGGGAGAAGUCUGACGAGCCGUGGGUCGAACACGAGCGGCACUCCCCCAACUGCCCUUUCGUCAGGGGCGAGUAUACGCACAAUGUCCCUAUAUCGGUGACAAACGCCACGGCAUGUGCUGUUCCUAGUCCAAAUGUCACUGUCGUUUCUAAGGGUAAUACAGGGGACCUGAUCGCGACGGGUACUCCUGAAGGCAAAGUGAACAUAUGGCGCUUCGACUGUGGACUCAAAUUAGUGAAGUUCAUCCACUUGUCACCGUAUGAUUCGAUAUUCAGUGGCAUAUUAGCUACUGAUAGCAAUAAAGUAUGGUCUGCGAGCUUAGAAAAGGAUACUUCCACAUAUGGCGUAGAACUUACAGCAAUGGCCUUCGUAGGCAUGACAUCUCAACAAGAGGUCUACCCACAAACACUAAGUACAGAAAACACUGAAAAAGAAACAAAUACGAGUAAAACAAAACCAUCACUCAUUUGCGCUGUUAUUAUCACAAGGACGAUCAGCACAAAUCCAGAUCAACCCAUCAAAGAAGAUUCAAGUAAAGCCCUAUUUGACUCUGGUGUUGACACAGAAAGUGUACAAGCAAUGAAUGAUCAAAAUGAAGCUAAAAAUAACUUAACCACAAAUAAAAUGCUGUUUCUACUAACAUAUGACAUACACAGUUCUUUAGCGGGCUCCAUAACCACAGUAGUACACACAUCGAACAGUAGCGGUAACUCUAAACCUGGCGGCAGCAAGAAAGUAUGCACUUUAGCUAGGACCGACGACGUUUAUGACGAAGUAUACUACCACUACUCUGACGAAGAGACAGAGCUUCCACAAUGCACAAACAGCUUACUAGACGAACAAAUCAGCAAUGUGAUUAAUCUCAACGCAUCGUCGAGUAAAGAAGACUGUAAGAUGUGGGAACCUAAGAAAAUAAUAUUGACGAAGCAUGUCAAAGUAAUGCCACCGCCUCCCCCAACGGCCUUGUUGCCAGAGUUACAAGAAGCUGGACAAGCUACAAUGUUGGACUUCGUGGGCAAGUUAUCUCAACUAAAAAGCUGGACUAAGAAUGCUAAUUUAGAAUCUGUUGGUACUAAGCUUGCUGAUCAAACAGAUGCAGUGCAAGAUCCGUUCACACAUUAUCUUAACAUGAAUGGUCCUUUAGAGAUAUCAGACCUGAAAUGGUAUGAAGGUGGAGAUGGUACAGAGAAAGUUAAAGUUACUACUUUUGGGGGCAGUAAAAUUGGCACACAAGCCGCAGUUACCAAUGGCAAUAACGAUGGUUUCGAUAGUGACCCUCCUCAAGAGGAAGCAGUGUCACAGGGUAUAGCUAUACAGUGCUUAACUCUUCCAGCCAAACUGAAUUUAAAAGACGAUUCCAAGGUGACGCAUUUGUUACCGACAGAGGACAAAGAGCAUCUGCUCGUAGUUAUAUCAAGUAUUGAACCAGAUAAGGUUAAAGUAGAAGAGGACACCGAUAAUGAUGGUGAUACUAAAAUGGAAGUGGACGAUGUCACAGAGCCGAGCGACAAAACCGAAUCGGAUGCUAAGGCGUAUUUUAUACUAUAUAAGAUCAACAACAAAACGUCAAUAUACACUUUAGAAGAUAAUCCUGUAUCGGUAAAAGAACUACCGUUUAAUGAAAGUCCAGUAGAUUUAUGCUUAUUACCUGUAGAUAAACAUGAUCAGUAUUCUUUCGCAGCUGUCGGAGUUGACGGAAGCUUACGAUUAUAUUCUCUACCCGAUUUCAAGACGUUGUCUGAAAAACGAGUACCAAAAGGCCAGUUUACCUCAGUAGUGUUUUGUGCUUCAGUAGAGCGCCUAAGUGUUUCCACUAAACAUGGAAUGAUCUACUUUUACGCAUUAAACAACGGGGAAAAGGAUUCAGCUGGUGAUAUUGACGAAGAUGAAUUUGCUAAUAUAGAUUUUGAUAUGCUACAACGAGCACCGCGGGACGAAGUAUGUGGGCCGACACAAGCGCCGGUCAUCAUUGCUAAUAAGACUGAACUAGACUUGUCAGACUUAGAAACUUUGAUAUCUUUGACUGGGUAUUACGGUACUAAUACAACAGUGCCUUAUAGCGCGGUUGUGCCUGGUUUUUGGUGCGAACUCUCGCCUGCUCAACGAUCGAGAUCAGACCAUCAGAAUAACCGAACAUGGAGGUUGCAAAAUACUUCUUCGACUUGGGACGAACAUGUCCUAGAACUGACGUUACCCUACAGUGUCUCUCUUGCUCACAUAGAAUUCGGAUUUACUCUACACUCAGUUUGCUCAGCAAAUUUGCCGAUUAUAUUAGUAACACUGUUGAAGCAAAAUUUGCAUGGCAUUGGAUACAAGAAAGAUGCGUCUUUCGGUCACAGAUGUGACUCUCCGAUCCAUUUCCCCGUAAUAGAUGCAGAUAUGUCCAACUUAGAGAAUCCUAUAAAUAGUGAGGAAUACUUGCAGGCUCAUAACGCUGAGAUCUUGGCAGGUCCAUUGUUAUUGUCAUCGGGAUUGGAUCUUACACAGCAAUCGGGCACUUUAAUCUUGACUAGCCCUCGCUUAUAUCGGGCUAGGGGCCGAACAUUUUUAAUUCACAUAAAAACACUAUUUGAUCCUGCGAAAGACAUGUGUAAAGGACCUAACAAGACUGGCGAAAGUAGUAGUAUUAACAGCAAUUCUAAGAAGACUGGCUUUAUCGGAUGCGACUGGCUCCACCAGAUUUCAUUGACCGUUCGUUCCAGUCCGCAUACUGACGUACCUAUGGAGAGGCAGCAACGGAUAGCGAUGUUAGAAUCGAACAGUUUCUUAAACACUUUGUGUGAAAUUGCUAUUAACAGCGGGGAUGGUGAAAAGAGGGACUUAGCCAUGGACUUGUUGAUUUGGGUUGUGUCGAUAAGGCUACAAAGAAUGCGAUUGGCAAAGACGGAAAAGGGCAAAGAUAAGACUGUGGAAACUCAGCAGUUGGAGUGCGUAAAGAUUAUAGAGAAGCAUACCGAUGCUUUGAUUAAAAAUUGCAUUUUGUGUGCCAAUAGAAGCAUUGCUAAGAAGUGUGUCAAGAUUCUUCUCAUUACUAGCGAGGCCGAAAAGCAGCUGCCGAAACCUUGGAAGUCCACGUUCGAGCAAUCGCUGUCGGGCAGCGUGAUAUCGUGCGUGCCGUACGUGGGCGCGUGCGUGUCGGCGGGCGCGCUGCGCUGGCUGGCGGCGCUGGCGCACCACGCCGUCUCGCGCGACGCCGCGCCGCAGCUCGUGGCGCGCUGCCUCGCGCUGCUCGAGGAGUGUGCCAAGUGCUUGCGCGACCGACCCGAUGUUUACCACAGCCUCUUGAAAGCCAGGUUUGGGCUCUACGGUCUACCCUUAGAACGCUCAAUAUUCUCGGUGGACGUACCAGAACUGGGGCGAGGCUCUUCAACCCCGGUGACGUACGCGAGUGUCCUUGCCGGAGAUACCAACACUCCACCAGUCGUUAAACCGGAUUACCAACUGAAGGACUUGCUCAAUUUGCCUCUAGAUAUGGACCUGUGUACCACACGUGUGCCACACCUGAACCCAGACUACUGCCAACUCAAGGACUUGCUGAAUGUGCCGAUUGACAUCGAGUCAAAAAGUGCUUCCACAUCUACGGCGUGGUGGGCUCAGAACAACGGUGUUGGAGUAUUCAGUGCUGGGUUGAGUGAGGCCAUGCCGUUACACGUGACGUGCCAUGUGGCGUCCGAUGGCACCAAACUGGAGUCAAGUGGAGCGCGACAUAACUCUGCUGUUAUCAGUUCCAUGCCUGGUGGGGGACCGGGUGAUCCUACUCAGUUAUGGUCAGUGGUGAAACAGAGCCAGAUGAAACAUUCUUCACAAGACCCUGAUUCGUUGGAAGAUGUUGAGAGUUCACUCAUGGAGUGUGACCCCCAGGAGAAGUUAGAAUUUGCUGAUGAAAAACUGUUUAAGGAUCAAGAGCAAUGUGGUAUCCCGUGGGCGUCCCUGGUGACGCGGCCGCCGCAGCACACACUUCUGGUGGAGCGCAUGCACUCGGGGGCGCGACGCUAUAUCGUGCUUGACUUCGGACACACUGUCCGCUUGACUGACGUCAUAAUUCCAUCUUGCUCGGACUUAGUAACGUUGUGCAUUGAUAUUUGGGUGACGGGUGAGGAGACAGACUGCGUGAAGCUGGCAUUCGCCACAGAUAUCGCCACGAAACACCUCGUCGUCACUGACAUUCAACCACCACCACUUUGCAGAUACAUGAAGAUAACAACAAUAGGAAGAUAUGGCAUGUCGGCUAUGAAGUGUAAAAUCCCACUUGGCUGGUUCUACGGCGAGAUUGCCGAAAUCGCCAACGUCCAAGCUUCUAUUAACGCGCUAAAUGCUCUACAUCAAGAUUUGACGUGUCGCUUCAGACUCGCCACUGGGAAGCUAAUGGAUUUAUUGAACGGCUACCUAGAACUCUACAACGGUAACGCCGCCCAUAUGAUGUCAUAUCUCAACAUUACAAGCGAAACUGACACGAAAGUCGUCACGGCUUACCAGGAGUGCAUAGAACUACAACAGCAGCUCCACACCUGUAAUAAUAUACUGAAGAAGUUACAGAACAACAGUGACAUUACCAAAAACUUGCCCACUUUGAUCGACAGUGGAGAGAUAUCGUCCGAAACGCUACUAAAAACGGCAUCGACGGAUAAACUUCGAGUCAUAAGCGAGAAUGUCGUGGAUAUGCUACUAUAUUUCUACUUCCAAAUGGGCGAUGUUCAAUACUCGGGCGUGAGCGAGCAGUGGUGCGGCACGGUGCUGCCGGGCGUGUGGGAGUGCGGCGGGCGCGCGGCGGGCGCGCUGGCCACGCUCGUGGCGCGCGCGUGCGGCGACCGGCCCUGGUGGGGCGAGCACCUCGCCGACACGCUCGUCAGCGCCUUCGCGCAGUACGACGCGCCGCCCAGCGCGCUCGACAGAUGUCUAGUACUAAUAAUCUACAUGUGCCGCAAGAGCCUGUUUGCUAACGGAAGCUCCGAGUCAGGUGUGGCUCCAGCGUUAGCGACGAGAGCUCUGGAUUUGGUUCGUUCGACGCGCCCCCAGCCCGCUGUAACUGCGGCGCUGCUCACGGCCUUAGCAGCUGUACUCGACACUGUAGCCGCACACUCUAAUAGACAUGCUAGAUGGGAUUGGGUAACAGGUGGUCGACCGGGUGGCAAUUGUUCGGGCAACGGUAACGAUUCAAAUACGUCGAGAACGGCCGAGUGUAAACUACACCGACGAAAAUUGCACAAGAAACUGCUGCACCAGAUGCAGGAAUUGGAAGCUGCCAGAAGGGGGAUACAGGUCGCACUCGAAGAUCAGCAGCGGGCUCGUUUGAGCCUGAAGGCGCGGAUGGCGAUGGUGGGCAAGCGCAACACGGCGCGGGGCGAGGCGGGCGGAGGGCCGGGCGGGCCGGACGGGCCGGGCGCGGCGGGCGGGCCGGGCCGCGCGCGCCCGCUGGCCCCUGCGCUGGCGUCGCGCCUGGCGCACGCGCUCGUGGCGCACAUGCUCGCCGCCGACACCUGCGCGCACGCCGACGCGCUCAUGCUCGCCGCCAAGGUGGUUGGACGCCUGUGCGCCUUGUCCGGUGGUGCUAGUCUGUUAGACCCAUCGUGCAUUCUCGGCCUGGCUCGCCUGGCCGUGACCCUGCCGCCCUGGCCGCGACACGCCCUCACUACGCUGCUACAGGAUUUAGUAGAAUACGAAAGUGGUGAAUCUCCAGCGAGUCCUCCGAACGAAGAGUCGUGGUGUGGAGCGGGUUCCUCUCGCGUCAUCCGCGUACAUAUCGCCACGUCAUCAUGCUUCGGGAAAGCACCCAGGAAAUCCAAAGGACCCACUGUUGCUGAUCUGUUAGCGGAUAGUUUUGGUCUGCCGAAGACUAUCAACUUUAGCAAGCCCAAACUAUUGACAGCAGGUCUCAAUUUAGCAAAUUUAGAUGUCGAAGAGCAAUUGACUCAAGUCGCGGAAUCUGACGAUUCGGAGUCAUCAGAGGAGAAACUCGGACAGUACUUUAUCGAUGCUGUUAAGAAAGAGACUAGCAGAUCUAAGAUCGUCGUGGAUAACAGUUCGAGCAACGUGUCUGUGUGCACGGACGCUCGCGCCGAGGCGGCGGGUGGCGCCGGCGCGGGCGAGGCGCAGGCGCGGCGCGCGCUCUUGCGCACGGCGGGCGCGCUGGCCGCCGCGGUGCGCGCGGCCCCGCCCGUGGCACCGCCGCGCUCCCCCGCCCCGCCUCCGCCCGCGCCGCAGGAGCCCACGCACCAGCGACACCAUCCACCGCUCACGCAUACACUCUACGACGUCUUCAGGCACCUCGCCCUCGAAUUCCACUAUCAGAUGGACUGCACUUUUAUGGAGAACGUGAUCUCUCUAUGGCUGACAUUGAACGGGUCGGCGUGGGGCGCUGGCGGCGCGUGGUCCCUCGCCACGCUGGCCGUGCCCGUCGACACGCCGCGCAUCAGGCUCGCCUCCGACACCGUCAACGCGCUGCUGCACUCGCUUUGCACAUUAGAAAACAUAUCAUUACGGUGCUGGGUUCUGUCAAUGCAAGCUUUGGCGUGGAUUGCCAGCUUACCACUACAGACGGAAGGAAGCAGCACUCAAACCAUGGGCCGCGUCAUUUUGGAGUGCGAACACUUCGUACCAGCCAUCGUCAAGUUCAUUACCAUGAAUGUUAAUACAGAUGGUGCUGUGUCAUCUUCGGAACCAUACUUGGGUGGCGCCCAGAUCGGCGCAGGCGCCGGGGCGGCGUCGGCGCUGCACUCCGUGGUGUCGCGCGUGGUGUGCGCGCGCGGAGCCAACGGGGCCCUGGCCGCGCUGCGCGCCGUGUGCGGCGUGUGGCGAAGGGACGCCGACGCGGGCCACGCCUACGACCUGCAGGCCACGCUGCUGCGCCUGGCGCUACCCAUGCUGCAGGUGCUCAGCCCGCGCCACGUGCAUCACGCGCUGCCACUCAUGCUCACUGUCGCACAUCAAUCGGUGUGGUGGGUGCGCGAGAGCAGCGGCUGGCGCGGGGACGGCGGCACGGACGCGCGGCUGUCGGGGCUGCUGGCCGACGUGCUGGCGGGCGGCGGCACGGGCGCGUGUCGCCGCGCGCCGCUGCGCCGCGCCGUGCUGGCGCAGCUGCUGCACUACUGCCGCAAGCUGCUCGCCGCCCCGCUGCCGCAGGCCGCGCCCGCCGCCGCCGCCAGCGCCACCGACACCUCGCACACCGCUCAUCAACAACAACCCGCAUCGUCGUCUUCGAGUCCAUCAGUGUCCACGAGCGCAGACCAGUCGCAGACGGACGAGAGCAAGGCUCAACACAGUACGACGGCUGAGGCAACCAAUGUCGAGGAUGAGAGGAAACAGCAAGCCGCGAGAACGCCUUGCUUCGCUGAUACCGUUUUACAACACCAGCAGAUCAUGCAAAAGUUCUACAGGACAUUGUCAAUUUGCGAUGGCUUGAAUACUGUCGCACUUAAUUCUGGAGUCAGCUCAGAGCCUUCUUCACUGAAAGAGGAGGUGUUCUGGCUAGUAGCACAUAUGGCCACUAUAGCGUCCAACCCCGCACUUAUGGUUACCAGCCUUAUGGAGUUUUUACGACGUGAAGAGGUAGUGAACCUAUCUCAAGCAAUGCAACAGCUGAUCAUUCGGCUGCUAGACUAUCCAGAAGCACUAGCCGCUUUCAUCGAUGCCGGUGGGCUUGAACUUGCUCUGGAAAAACUGACCGCUUGUCACCAGGCUGGACCAAGCAGCAAUCAGGGACUUGUGUCUUCAUUGAUGAACUACUUGAAAUUGCCGCCGCAGAUGAUCAACAUGUCAACACCCGCGUCCGGUAACAAUAAGAAAAACCAACCAACUGUUAUCGAGACAGCUAAUGGAUUGGUCAACAUUGCACCGCUUUGCACGGUGUCCUGCGGCAACCCGACAGCGCAAGCGGCGGACGUGCUGCUGGACGGCGGCGGGUCGAGCGGCAUGGCGGUGCGCGGCGCAUGCGCAGCGCGCCGCGUUCGCGCCGCUGCGUGGAGCUACCACUUCUUCAGCGCGGACGACGCCUCGCUCGCGCUCACGCUUACGCUGCCUUAUGCCGUGCAACUUCACGAGGUGCAACUGCAGCCUCACCUCACCAGUCUCGCCACGUGUCCUGGCGCAGUAGCUGUGGAGGCUGGAUGCGGUGGCACUUUAGCUCCUUUAGGUCCACCUCAGAGCACCGCUGGCAUGACGUUCAUUCGCCUGGUGGUUGCGCGUCCAAUCGUCUGUACCACGGUUCAAAUAAGACUGUAUAAACCAAGAGAUUCAUCCAACAUGGGACUGUUGCAGCUGCGAUUAUUAGCUGCGCCCGCCUUCAAUAACCACGUCGCCAGCCAGCCUAACACGAGUAACAAUUGGGCGUGUGUGGUAGCGGCGUGUGCGCGGUCAGGCGGCGCUGCGGCUGCGCGCCUGGCGCGAGGCGGAGGCGGAGCGGUGAGCGCGCUGUGCGCCUGCGUGGCCAUGGGCGGUGCGCCCGCGCACCACGCGCACGCCGCGCUGCUGGCCGCCGCGCGACACGCUCCCGCUCUGCGCGCCCCGCUCGUCACCGCGCUACUCAACAUGGACGCACACGCUCACGCGCACGCGUUCCAAGUGUCUCCGGCGGGGCGCGUGAACGGCAGCAUGUGGGCGGUGUGCGAGCUGGUGCGCCAGCUGUGCCGCUGGUGCCCCGACGGCGCCGCGCUCGCCUACGUGCAGUGGCUGGCCGCCGCCGCGCCCCCAGCGCCCCCCGCACCCCUCGCACCCCUCGCACCCGCCGCGCCCACCACCUCGCUGCGGUACCAGCCCCCUUCGGCUGCGCUCACGCAUACUCUCGCCGAGGUGUUAUGGAUGUUAAAAGAAAAACAUAUCUUGGAAAAUUUAGAAGAAUUAAUAACAGAUGACUUGUUUGAGCUUGUCUACAACUGGGUAAAGGAAGUGCCAGAAUCCAGUCUACUCAAGAAGUCCCUUGAUGCCAUUCUGUGUUCAAUCUGCUAUAUUCGUCCAGAGUUGUUCAGAAGGUUACUCGAGCAUAUGGAAAUACCUAUGGAUGAGGAUGAAAGCAUGGAGGGUCUCACAGACGACACGAAGGUGAGUGGUGCGGGAAGCGCUUCGGGCGGCAGCGGGCUGGGCGUGUCGUGGGAGGCUCGCGGCUGGCAGCUGCAGACCGUGGCCGCCGCCGCCAUGUCGCCCGCCGCCAUCCUGGCGCUACUGCACUCGCGCCUGCCCAGCGCCGUCGUCGAGGCCAUCUCACAUUUCAGUGAAGUUAAAUUAGAAAUGAUAAAAGAACAACGCAAUUCUUUACAAGAGGAUGUUCAAAUGAAAGAUCCUGAAAAGGACUCUAAAUUGGCUGAUCUUCCAUCAAUGAAGAGUGUAUUGCAUUUGGUUGAGUGGGCUCGUGGCGUGUGCUGGUCGAAGCGGAUGAAGGACUGGCUUGGAGGCAUAGGGUCUACGUUCUGGCAACCUCUACUUACUCUUCUGUGUCACCCUAGACCUAAUUAUAGCACAUGGCAGGAGGACGCGUUGUAUGCUCAGCUAGAAGAGAGUACUAUUCGUCUGUUUUCCGAGUUAACAGCGUGUCAUCCCGCUAACCAGAAACUAUUUGCAUCUACGUUACAUAAUAUAUUGGAAUCGAUGGAGUGUACUGGUCCAGAGGGCAUCUCCGGGUUCACGCGCGCGCUGAUCCUGCGCCUGGUGCUGUCGGCGGAGCGCGUGUGGGUGGGCGUGCGCUGGGCGUGCGCGGGGGGCGCGGCGGGCGCGGGCGGCGCGGGCUCGGGCGCCGCGCACCCCGCGCACCUCGGACACAGCGUCGUGCCGCUGCCGCUGCACACGCCCGUCAAGCAGCUGCUGGCCGACCACCGCCCGCCCAUACCGGUCAUGGAAGAGAGCACCAAAGUGUGUAUGUCACCGUCUUCCGGCUCCGGCGGCACCUCUGUGCUCCGAAGCGCCUCCGACACCGCCAUCACCACCGUGGCCGAGGCCUGGGAACUGAGCCUGGCUGCGGCAAGCGCUUCAAAGGACAAGAGAGUCAAAGAUGUGAAGAACACUUCGCUCAAACAACAAAAUAAUAAGAAAAGACAAACUAAAACCACCAAUGAAACUUCCGUAUUAUCCGUUACCGAUGAUUUGAUAGAAACAACGAUACGCGUACAAGUGACGGGAAUAGAGGGCUUUAUCCCUCCCAGCACUACACUGGCGCAGCUCGCAGCUGCAGUCCCGCAUGACAUCGGCCCACACCUGACGCUUACACUGCAUCUCAACACCAAUGGCGAUUCUUGUUCGGGCCCGAUGUGGGAGGGCGGUUCGGCGAGCGGGUCGGGCGGGUCGGGCGGGUCGGGCGGCAGCGCGGUGCUGCGCGAGUUCGGCGCGUGCGGCGGCCUGGCGCUGGUGGCGGCGCGCCUGCCGCGCCCGCACGCGCCGCCGCCCGCGCCGCCCGCCGCGCACCACCACCACCACCACGACCUCGACUGGGUCAAGCUCGACGACCCCUACGAGGAAGUGGUAGAAUUAGGAGUGAAUUCAGUUGGCGGCGGUACAGGCAGUGAGGACGCCGGCGGGUGCUCCGGGGUCCCGGCGCAUGCGCUGAUAGCCCUCGGCUUACUUCUUAAGCUGCCAGGAUAUGCACAUGCGUUGCUCGACGAAGGCGCUCGAGCCUGCCACCUGUUGCGGCUUCUGCUCGGUGUCACGCACGACGAAGACGGACGCAGCAUCGUGGUGGGCGAGGGCGGGCGCGGCGGGUCGCUGGGCACGCUGCCCUUCAGCGUGAUCGCGCGGCUGCUGGAGAAGGCGCCGCGCCAGUCGGCCGAGGGCCGCGCGCUGCGCCGGGCGCUGCUGCAGCGCGGCGCCGUGCGCCUGUGGCUGGCGUGCCUCGCCGUCUUCACGCACCACCGCCCCACCUCCAACGACAACAGCCAAGGCUCGAACGGUUCAACGGGCAAAUCGGAAGACAAGAGCCAACUGUAUUGGGCGAAGGGAACAGGCUUUGGAACUGGUUCGACGCAGCAAUCUUGGAACGUGGAGCAAGCGCUGGUGCGACAACGGACCGAGGAAGAACACGUCACUGUUUUACUACAGGUUCUAGCAUCAUAUAUGAAUCCCGGCGAGAAGUGGCCUCCCGAGGAGGGAGCCGCGGAGAUAGAGGACGGGGAACUUGACGAGGAAGAGAAUCAUGACUUACCCAUUGAGUUUAUUGACCUUGUAGCUAACAGUUCACUUGUACCCGCUAUUUGCUCUUAUCUGCGGAACGAUUCAGUGCUGGACAUGUCGCGCCACAUCCCGCUGUACGUGCACGUGCUGCGCUGCGCACGCGCACUGCACUCGGUGCGCUCGCGCCGCCUGGGCGCCGCGCUGCGGCCGCUGCCGCGCCUGCUCGCGCUCAUGAGCAGGACCACCAACUCCUACGCCACCAAGCUCAGAAUGAGUAAGAAAAAUAUAUUCGGUAAAAUGACAUAUAGCCAAAGAUUUAGUACGUCAAGUAAUUCUGAAUUAUCAGAGGAGGACGAGGGCCUACCCGCUCUGAUAGCUGACAUUCAGGCGACGAUGGCGCUGAUGUGCCGCGCCGAGGCGGAGGGCGAGGCGGUGCGGGCCGGCGGCGCCUCGCUGCCGCUGAGCGGCGCGUCUCGCGAGGCGCGCUACAUCGAGCUCAUGCGCACCAUGCAGUUCGAAACGUUCGAGAUGAUAGCGGAAUGCUCAGAGAGCGGGUUCCGAUUCCUGGUACCGUACCACUUCGAGAGCGCAGUGCGCGCGGCGGGCGAGCGCGUGCACCCCGCGCGCAUGAAGCGCCUGGCGCAGGAGGCCGCCACGCUCGCCACCUCCCUGCCGCUCUCCUACUCCUCCUCCGUAUUUGUGCGGACGGAUGCCGACCGACUUGAUGUUAUGAAGGUGUUAAUAACGGGCCCGUCAGACACGCCCUACGCGAACGGAUGCUUUAUCUUAGACGUAUACUUCCCUGCGGAAUAUCCCGCGGUCCCGAUGCUCAUCAACCUAGAGACCACCGGCCGUCACUCCGUGCGGUUUAACCCUAAUCUAUAUAAUGAUGGGAAAGUUUGUCUGUCCGUACUGAACACGUGGCACGGACGACCCGAAGAGAAGUGGAACGCACACACCUCCAGUUUCCUACAAGUGCUAGUGUCAAUCCAGUCAUUGAUCCUAGUGCCAGAACCGUACUUCAACGAGCCGGGCUACGAGCGCAGUCGCGGGACGCGGGUGGGCUCAAGCGCCUCAUUGGAGUACAAUUCAAACAUCUAUCAGGCCUGCGUCCGCUGGGCCAUGCUCGACCAUCUCAGGAACCCAGAGCCUUGCUUCAAAGAGGUGAUCCAGACGCAUUUUUGGAUAAAACGCAAUGAGAUCAUGCAGACGGUGUCGAAAUGGAUCACAGAGUUAGAAAGUCAAAGCGGGGACGAGCGGACACAAAGGAGUAUACAGCUUAACCUUAUGGCGCUUAAGCGGCACUACGUAAAGCUGCAAGAAGAACUAGCAAAGCUGCCCGUGCCAGCGGGACUAGAGGAGCUGGACGAGCCGUUCCAGUUGCCGGCCGCGCCGUCCCCCCCUCCGCACCCCGCGCCGCAGCCCACGCCGCCCACCAACGACGAGAUCGACCACGACAUGGAGAAGAUCGUCUCGCAGGUCCUGGACUGA